UCACGUACCGCGGCGGCCAGGCCGGACCCCGCGGCCUGGCGCUGCUCAAUGGCGAAUACCUGCUGGCGGCGCAACUGGGCAAGAACUAUAUCAGCGUCUGGGAACUGCAACGGAAGGUCCAGCCGUUCGGUCUAGCUGCUGGGCUCGUGUGUUGGGGAGGGGAUGAGCUGGGUUCCCGAGACUAAGGUCCCAGGAAGGGUCCGUGUGGGGCUGCAAGGCACCCAAGUCAGGAAUAGGGGUGUGGGGGUCGGUUAGGGCGCUCUGCGCAUGUGUAGGUCAGAGGGUGUGUGUGGGGGGGGGGUUGUUUGUUUUGUUUUUUUCCUGUGGAAAGAAACGUUAGCUUUGGGGCCUGUGUGAUCAGCGAGACAGUUUCCGCACACGUGGAUCUGAGGGUGGGCUGUGGCCAGGGAUGAGGGCGGGUCUCCUUGCAGCCUGCAUCAGACCGGCGCUCUUGGAGAGUUGGGAGAGGUUGGCGGAUCCCUUGGGGCGACUGCUCACACAGGAGCCUGGAGCGAUAAAUUUGAUGAAAAGAGCCAGACUGGGGUGCUGUGGAUCUAGUGGCAUUGGAGGAGGAGACAGAAGGACCAGCUUCAGCAAAAGAUCAUGUGCCCUGGGCCUGUCACCUGUCUGACCACAUCACCCAACGGCCUUUACGUCCUGGCAGGAAUUUCAGAAAACAUAUACCUGUGGGAGGUCUCCACGGGUAAUCUUCUGGUCAUCCUCAGCCGGCACUACCAGGAUGUCUCCUGCCUGCAGUUCACAGGGGACAGCAGCCAUUUCCUCUCAGGGGGCAAGGACUGCCUGGUGCUGGUGUGGAGCCUCUGCAGUGUGCUACAGGCUGACCCCUCCAGGAUCUCGGCCCCCCGGCAUGUCUGGUCUCAUCACACACUCCCCAUCACAGACCUGCACUGUGGCUUUGGGGGGCCCCUAGCCCGGGUAGCCACCGCCUCAUUGGACCAAACCGUGAAGCUGUGGGCAAUCUCCUCAGGUGAGCUGCUGCUCUCAGUGCUCUUUGACGUGAGCAUCAUGGCAGUGACUACAGACCUGGCCGAGCACCACAUGUUCUGUGGUGGCAGCAAUGGCUCCAUCUUCCAGGUGGACCUCUGUACCUGGCCUGGGCAGAGGGAGCAGAGUUUCCAGCCGGAGCAGGAUACCGGGAAGGUCUUCAUAGGACAUAGGAACCAGGUGACCUGCCUGUCGGUGUCCACUGAUGGCAGUGUGCUGCUCUCAGGCUCCCAUGAUGAGACCGUACGCCUCUGGGAUGUUCAAAGCAAACAGUGCAUCCGGACCAUGGCACUGAAAGGCCCUGUGACAAAUGCUGCCAUCCUGCUGGCACCCCUGAGCAUGCUGAGCUCGGACUUCAGGCCCAGCCUGCCGCUGCCUCACUUCAAUAAACACCUACUGGGCGCUGAGCAUGGGGACGAGCCACGCUGUGGGGGCCUCACACUGCGCCUGGGUCUGCACCAGCAGGGCUCAGAGCCUAGCUACCUGGAGCGGAUGGAGCAGCUGCAAGCAGUCAUGUGCACCACGAUGGAGAAGAAUGUCCUAGGUGGUCAGGACCAGCUGCGGGUCCGUGUGACUGAGUUGGAGGAUGAGGUGCGCAACCUGCGCAAGAUCAACCGGGACCUCUUUGACUUCUCCACACGUAUCAUCACCCGGCCAGCCAAGUGAACCAGGGCUGCCUCAAGUGUAUACCCCUGCCCCAGUUGGAGACCCUCAGUCACCAUGCACCCCCAGACCAAGUGCAGUUCAGGAUGGAGGCCCUAUUUCUGUAGUAGCUAAACCCAGCGAGCCUCCCCCGGGAUCCAGGGCCAGCAGAGAUGGCCACCAGCACACUCCAGGGCCAGGCUCACUGUGCCAGUUUUGUGUUUUUGGGGUUUUUACUCCUGUGAUUGGGUGGAUUUGUCACAGUGCACUGAUGUCUUGUGUCACCUUAGGUUGUGUUAGUGCUGGUCUGUUUUUAACAAAAGAUGAUAUGAAA